GAGCCCUGGCAGUAACAGCAUCUUGGGCUUCUCUCCUCUCCAGCCUUCUCUCUCCGUGUCUGCCCGCCACCUGCUGCCACCACCAUGACCACCACCAUCCGCCACUUCUCCUCCGGCUCCAUCAAGGGCUCCUCCGGCCUGGGGGGCAGCUCAUCCCGCUCCUGCCGCGUGUCUGGCAGCCUGGGUGGUGGCUCCUGCAGGCUGGGGUCUGCCGGUGGCCUGGGCAGUGGCCUUGGAGGCAGCAGCUACUCUAGCUGCUACAGCUUUGGCUCUGGCGGUGGCUAUGUCAGCGGUGGCUAUGGAGGUGGCUUUGGAGGUGGCUUUGGAGGUGUCGACGGGCUGCUGGUGGGAGGCGAGAAAGCCACCAUGCAGAACCUCAAUGACCGUCUGGCCUCCUACCUGGACAAGGUGCGCGCCCUGGAGGAGGCCAACAGGGAGCUGGAGCUGAAGAUCCAUGAUUGGUACCAGAAGCAGGCCCCGGGGCCAGCUCCUGACUACAGCUCCUACUUCAAGACCAUCGAGGACCUGCGGAACAAGAUCCACACGGCCACCGUGGACAAUGCCAGCAUUCUGCUUCAGAUCGACAACGCCCGCCUGGCUGCUGAUGACUUCCGCACCAAGUUUGAGACAGAGCAGGCCCUGCGUGUGAGCGUGGAGGCCGACAUCAAUGGCCUGCGCAGGGUGCUGGAUGAGCUGACCCUGGCCAGAGCCGACCUGGAGAUGCAGAUUGAGAACCUCAAGGAGGAGCUGGCCUACCUCCGCAAGAAUCACGAGGAGGAGAUGAAAGCCCUGCGAGGCCAGGUGGGCGGCGAGAUCAAUGUGGAGAUGGACGCCGCCCCUGGUGUGGACCUGAGCCGCAUCCUGAACGAGAUGCGCGACCAGUAUGAGAAGAUGGCGGAGAAGAACCGCAAGGAUGCCGAGGACUGGUUCUUUAGCAAGACGGAGGAACUGAACCGCGAGGUGGCCACCAACAGCGAGCUGGUGCAGAGCGGCAGGAGCGAGAUCUCGGAGCUCCGGCGCACCUUGCAGGCCCUGGAGAUUGAGCUGCAGUCCCAGCUCAGCAUGAAAGCAUCCCUGGAGGGUAGCCUGGCCGAGACAGAGAACCGCUACUGCAUGCAGCUGUCCCAGAUCCAGGGGCUGAUUGGCAGCGUGGAGGAGCAGCUGGCCCAGCUGCGCUGCGAGAUGGAGCAGCAGAACCAGGAGUACAAGAUCCUGCUGGAUGUGAAGACCCGGCUGGAGCAGGAGAUUGCCACCUACCGCCGCCUGCUGGAGGGCGAGGAUGCCCACCUGACCCAGUACAAGACCAAAGAACCCGUGACCACCCGCCAGGUGCGCACCAUUGUGGAGGAGGUGCAGGAUGGCAGGGUCAUCUCCAGCCGAGAGCAGGUCCACCAGACCACCCACUGAGGACUCUCUCCCCCACCAGCCCCCUGGGGCUCCCCAUUGGCUGCGCAGCCUCCAGCCUCCCCAGCCUCAGCCCCCCAGCUUCAGUCCCUUUCCUGUCCUCACUUCCUGACCAAUAAAGCUUGUUGACUGAAAUACA